AUGAGCCGUAGAGUACUUGUGUUGUCAAAUUUGUGGUCGGUUAGAUACCAAAGUUCCGGUCGUAUUGAUCGUCAAUUCCUAAGUGAUAUUGUGAAGAAACACAAUGAUGCUGGAUCAAGAUUUUUUCUCCCUUUAGCAGACGAGUUCGCUACAAACAAGAUUUUGGAACCGUUGAAGGCAUUGAAUUUGGAAGGUAUGGACAGCAUGUUGAUUAAGGAUUUUUUAGGAGUCAAAGUGGAAUUCCUGCGUGAUGCUCUGGUGUCGGAUCCGGAGAUUUUUAAGAAAAUUGCUGCAAAUGGGGGCGAAGUUGUCCAAAUCUUGAAUAUUCUGGUCGGCUACUGCUCUUUCACCUUUGAGUCGGCGCUACGUUUCUACUCACAGUACGUUCAAUUUAGCGAAUCAUACGCCUUUUCCGCAACCUUGCAUUUGGGCAGAUCGGGUAUUAUCGGCAAAGGUUGCCACGGCUCCGGAGCCGGCUCUUGGCUCCUGAGCCCAAAGUCGGAUCCAGGCUUCUCAGCGUUUAGAAAAGUAGAAAUUUUGUGAUCAAAUUGCUUGAAAAAUACUGGGGAGGAUGUGUUGCGUACAACCUGGCUGCAAAAACGUUGGCUAUAUGAUCUUUGGCACUAAUAGCUUUUAUUUUUGGAAAAAUAUUUUUUUUUUAUUUUUUUGCACAGGAGCCGGAGAACUUUUCAAAAUUUACACGGAGCCGGAGAUGCAAAUUUGGCCUCGGCUCUGGGAGCUAAGAGCCGGAGCCGAAAUUUUGACCGUGGCAAUCUCUGAUUAUCGGCCCAAUAUUUAUCACCAAUAUAGUAAAAUUGUUUGCAUCGCUGACCGAUGAGUUGGCAUGACAGCCAAAAAAAACGUUUUUUGGAAGUCAUAACCGCUAAGGACAAAAAGGUCUAGAUCAUGAACAUAUGUCAAGAUGGUUACCCAAAAUUCCCCGAAAACGAUCAACUGGGGUGGUCAUUACGUCGUCACUAAGCAUACGAUCUAAGUCAUGACCAUAGUCAGUAUGGUUGUGAUAUUCUGAUUUAACCGAAGCCAAAACCGUCUGGAUCAACUAGUUGAGAGGACUUUGGACAUUAAUCCUGACCUAGCUCACGACCUAGGUAAUGAACUAGCUUGUUUUUACCGAAAAACACGGAUUUCAUAAUUUUAGGGACUGCCUGAACUAGCUAGCUAGGUCACGACCAAGCAUACCCAAAGUAAUUCUCGCAGAUUAGUCAUCUAGUUUAGCUAUUUUGAAAAUAUUUUGAACAUCUAGCUUGACCUCGGCCACCUAUGUAUAUAGGUCGCGAGCUCAUGAGCGGGGGUUACUACGUGUUCACCUAUCCUCCAGUGUGAACACGUAGUAACCCCCGUUGGCUAGCCAGUCAACCUAUUUUACAAGAAAAAUAACUAUCGACCCGAUACCUGAUCUGCCCCAAAUGAAGGGUAGCCGCAGCCUUUUCAGGAACAUCGAGUACUUAUCUAACGUCGUUCCAAGCGAAAUGUCGUGUCGAUUGGCGGUAUUUACAAACUUUGGAAUUCUGGCUGGUCCUCAAUUAGGAAGAAUCGUACGAAAGGCGCCAUCCGUUUUGGUUUCCAGUCAACCAGAACAAAUGUCCCGGCUCAUCGAAAAUAUAUCAAAUUUUUUCAGCCGCAAACAGGUACAUAUUUAAAACUAUGAAUUAAAAACUGGGGGGGGGGACCUCCCCCCCCCAGACCAAUUCCUCAGCUGCGCCCCUUAUUCGAACGACUUCUCAAAAUUUGCCCAUUAUGGACCGGUGCUAAUUUACGAUUCCUUAGGUAACCAAAAUGCUUAUACAAUCGCCUGAGAUAGUUCUCCAAUCAUUUGAAGAACUUGAACUUAAGUACGAAUACAUCUUCUUCCACAUGAAAAUAGAGUCGGAUUCUCUCUCAGACAGUUUGAAUUGGAUGAACUUGGCGCUUGAUGACAUUAUGGACAGACAUGAAUUCCUUGCGAAGACAGGAAAAUACGUUACCCCCGACACUAAAAGACCUCAAUUCGAAAAGGUAAGCCUGAAGAUUGAAUUGAUGAAAGUUGCUUAGGAUAACCCGCCAUCCUAUCGGAUAUUCGACUCUGACGACGUCAACUUUGCAGUUCAGGUUGGAGGAGUGACCCCUGAGGAAUGGAAUGCCUUUAAAUGCAUCAAGACCAUCCAACGAUCCCUGGAUGAGAAAGAAAAUCCUUUUGAAAGAAUUAAGCCAUCCGUAUGGAAAGCCUACGAACGACGACACAAAGAUACGCAUGUUAACAACUCUGUCAUUGCAUAG